AUCCGAUUCCAGGCGAAGACGAAGAAGAAGGAAGAAGAAGAAGAAGAAGAAAAGGCAGAAAUGGUGGCCAGGAAGUUCUGUGUCCGCCACAAUGAAUCUACCUUCGACGUCGACUACGACACCGAAGACGGCUUCGAAGUCCUUUCUAUUGCCUUCUCUGCUCAAAUCCUCCCUCCGAUUCAUCUUCCACAGACCCUUCUUUUACCUUUUCUCGUCCUAUUUCCAGGUCCUCAAGUUCCAGAUCUUCUCUCUUACCUCCGUUCCGCCCGAUCAACAAAAGAUAUUGGAAGCAGAUGGUGGUCAAGUUGUACAGGAAGAAGCUGAUUUGGCUUCUAUUUCAGAAAAGCUUCAAUUGGUGACAAUUGAUGACGGAGAAGAGGAAAUGGAGAAGAAAGAGGAGACUGAGCCUGAUUUUGGGAUGUCAGAUGAACAAUUGGCUCGGAUCUUGCAGGAGGAAGAAGAUGCACUUAUGAGGCAGCAGGCUGUUGCAAGUGAAAGUAGUGCAGAAUUUGAGAAAAAGAUACUUCCUUAUAUUGAUCAAGUUCUACUGUACGAGGACCCACGGAAGCAGGAGGCUGCUCGUAAGACCGUGCCUAUUGACAAUCUUGAGGAGAAAGCAUUAAUUUCAUUGGCCAGGGAGGGAAACUUUGAACCAACAAAAGAUGAACAAGAGCAUGCCUUCCUGCUGCAGCUUCUAUUCUGGUUCAAACAAUCAUUCAAGUGGGUAAAUGCACCUCCUUGUGAUAGGUGUGGUAAUGAAACUAGAAAUGAGAGCAUGGGAACGCCCUAUCCUUCAGAACUGCAAUAUGGUGCUUCAAGAGUUGAACUUUACCGAUGCCAUUCAUGCUCAAAUGUUACCCGGUUUCCUCGAUACAAUGACCCGGUGAAGCUCCUAGAAACAAGGAAGGGGCGCUGUGGGGAGUGGGCUAAUUGCUUCACACUCUAUUGCCGAGCUUUUGGUUAUGAAGCACGUUUGAUUAUGGACUUUACGGAUCAUGUUUGGACAGAGUGCUUCUCACUAUCCCUGGGAAGAUGGAUGCACCUUGAUCCUUGUGAAGGAAUUUAUGACAAUCCAUUACUAUAUGAGAAGGGGUGGAAAAAGAAAUUAAACUAUGUGAUUGCUAUUUCUAAAGAUGGGGUACAUGAUGUCACCAAGCGUUACACAAGGAAAUGGCCUGAGGUUCUUGCUCGGAGGAACAUAGUUACAGAAGCUGUGCUCUCUGCUUCUAUUUGUGACAUAAAUAGAGAAGUACGGAAAGAUUUACCCUUCCAGAUGCUUUCUGCUCUGGAAGAACGUGACAAGAAAGAAGCAGAAUCCAUUAAUAGAGAUUUAUACUCCAAAGACGAUCCUUCAAUUUCAUUACCUGGAAGAUUAAGUGGGGAUCAAGAGUGGCGUAUAUCGAGAUCUGAAACUGGUCCUGAUCAAAAAUCAUCCUUAAGCUCUUCAUCUUGUCCAGUUCGUAGAUGUAUAGAUGCACAUGUAACUAAGGUCUACAAUGCAUUUUUCCCUAUUAUCUCAAAGCUGGUUGAGGAUUCUGCCUCUAAGAAUGAAGCAAUUGAACUAUUUAGGGCUUUCAGAAAUAUUUUGGUUGAUCUCAAGAAAUCCCCUUUCAGAAACAGGAGAACUUCUUUGAAUUCUGUUUCCGAUAGUGCCCCACAUUUUUUCAAGAAGAUGCUGCCGUCUUUUGGUCAAUUACUUGAAGCUUUAUCGUUAAAAAGUGAGUUGGCCAUAAAUGGGAGGAUUGACAUAUGUUUGUGUGCUGAUCCUGUGAGAACGUCAAUUGCCCUUCCUGUAGUGUUCCAUGCUUUGGAUGAUGUGAUGAAUAAUGUUAGUCUUUGCAAUCGACUUGAUAAAGAUUCACUUUCUUGGCCACUUUUGAAGUUAAACAGAUUGUGUUCUGGUCUAGUGCGUACUAGUGGGGAGGAGCUUCCUUUUGGAAUUGCCACAUCUGCAUUUGAUGGGACACGCAUGUCAAAGUGGGAAGAACCGAAUGGGGCAAGAGGUUGUUGGAUCUUAUAUCAAGUUAAUGGCAAAGAAAUGCAUGAGCUUGUGGCCUAUGAAUUCAUGUCUGCUAAUGAUGCUCCAGAAAGAGAUCCAAAGGACUGGGUUCUUGAAGGAAGUGCAGAUGGAGGAUGUAGUUGGCAUGUUUUGGACAAACAAACUUCCCAGAGAUUCGAUAAACGUUUCGAGCGAAAGGCAUUUACUGUCAAACCACAAUGUUUCCUAGCGAAUGCUUUCAGGAUAAGAUUUCUAGCAGUUCGAGAUGGGAAGGCAAAUCCACGGUUUCAAAUUGGCAGUAUUGAUCUCUAUGCAAGAUGCAAUCAAUGAUUCAGGUGGUGUCAACCUUGGUGUCAACCCUGGAUUAAAGUAACAUUGUCCUUCGGGUUUAAAUUGACUGAUGACAAGGUGUUGGUGGCCUCACAUCGAAUCGUGGCCAUGAUACAUGGAGGAGAUCAUAUGGGACGUACACGAAUUGUGGCCAUGAUACAUGGAGGAGAUCAUAUGGGACGUACACGAAUUGUGGCCCACGUUACGGAUACCCAGUGCCUACCUCAACCCACCACUCGGCAGACCUGAACCUCAGUUGGCAAUCUGACUCAUUUCACGCGGGCUUCAUCCCCAUGUUAAUAGCGUGGGCUCCGGUCGUCCGGGCCUAAAUACAGUAUUAAAUAUGAAAUGAACAGAGAAUAUGUAGUCUUCUUACUAAUUUACUAAACAUAUUUGGGUUGAUCCCAACAUACCUGUGAAUGUUUAUUUAAAAAGGGGAGCAUUUAGUUUGCUCUAGUGUUAUAAAAUUGGUGUGCCUUA